UGUGUUGGGAGGGGUGAGGGGAGUGGGGGGAAGGGCCAACCGGCCGGAGAUGGUGAUCUGCUGCGCGGCGGUGAAUUGCUCUAACCGGCAGGGGAAGGUGCAUAGAGGAGCCGUCUCCUUCCACAGAUUCCCUCUAAAGGACUCAAAACGUCUGAUCCAGUGGUUAAAAGCAGUUCAAAGGGACAACUGGACUCCCACCAAGUACUCCUUUCUCUGCAGUGAGCAUUUCACCAAAGAUAGUUUCUCCAAACGGCUGGAAGAUCAGCAUCGGCUACUCAAGCCGACAGCUGUGCCAACUAUCUUCCAGCUCACAGAGAAGAAAGACGACAACCAGGAUUAUGUCAAAAGUAGAAUUAAAAUAGCAAGCCAAAUACCUGCGAGGGAUGGAGAUCAACCAAGGGAAGGAGGCUGUGAGGUAGUUGAGAGAACCUCAUAUUUUGGCCAAGACUUUAUGAUAAUGCAAGGGACUAAAGAGAUGGAGCAGGUGACUCUGCAAACUGAAAUUGGGUCAAUGUCUGAGCAAGAAGAGAAUGUCUGUGGCCAGUUGGAAGGGCCUCUGAGAAGGAUGUUAGUUGAUAAUUUAGUCACAAAGACAGGACUCCAGAAAAAGCCAGAAAGACCAUCUGUGGAUGAUUGUCCUGGAAGCACAGUCCAUACUGAGAGCUGGAUAACAGAUAGAAGUGGUAUAUCAAUUGAUGACUUCACACCUCCAGUAUCUGGGGCUUGCAAAUUUAUUGGCUCCCUCCACUCUUACAGCUUUUCCUCUAAGCACACCAGAGAGAAGCCAUCUUUCCCAAAAGAGCAACUUGAGAAGAAAAGGCCAAAGAGAGAUGUGGAACCAAGCUGCAGUAGCAACAUCAUGGGGCACAAUAAGACCUUAGCAGAAAGCUCCCCUAAUUCAUCACUUACUGCAACCCCUCAGAAACCUUCCCAAAGUUUGUCAGCAUCCCCUGCAGACCUUACCCCUCAGCCAGCAACAGAGGCUGUGGUAGGUCAGAAGGGAGAGACAGAUGCCAACCCCAUGUCAAUCAAUGAGGUCAUCAUCUCAGCCUCAGGAGCUUGCAAGCUCAUUGACUCCCUCCAUUCAUACUGUUUCUCCUCUAGGCAAAGCAAAAACGAAGUGUGCUGCUUACGGGAGCAGGUGGAGAAAAAGAAUGGAGAGCUGAAGCUGUUGAGGCAGAGAAUCAGCCGUUCUGACAGCCAAGUCAAGAAGCUGAAGGAGAAGCUGGAUGAACUAGAGAAGAUCAGUUUCCCAUACUUGAACAGUCUGCUGUCCCAGGACUGUGAGACCCCCCAGCUAAACCCUGUGAUUGAGCCUCUGUCCUGGAUGCUGGGCACCUGGCUGUCAGACCCACCGGGAGAUGGUGACUUCCCUACAAUGAAGCCCUUUCAGUACCUGGAAGAGGUGCACAUCUCUCACGUGGGGCAACCCAUGCUGAACUUUUCGUUUAAUGCUUUCCAUCCAGACACCAGGAAGCCAAUGCACAGAGAAUGUGGAUUCAUCCGCCUCAAACCUGACACUAACAAGGUGGCCUUCAUCAGUGCCCAGAACACAGGUCUUGUGGAGGUGGAGGAAGGGGAAGUGAACGGACAGGAGCUGUCUAUAGCUUCUCACUCUAUAGCCAGGAUCUCCUUUGCUAAGAAGCCCCAUGUGGAGCAGAUUACCAGAAAAUUUAGGCUCAAUUCCGAUGGGAAACUAGAACAGACCGUCUCCAUGGCAACCACUGCGCAGCCAAUGACUCAGCACCUUCACAUUACCUACAAAAAGGUGACACCUUAAAAACAGGAGGGUAGGGUUUCCCCACAGAAAAGGCGGAGCCUGGAACCUAAGGACAGAAGCACUCUUCCAUCUUGGUGACCCAUAUUCACACCUGAUUACAGGAGGGGGAGGCAGGUGAGCUACACAUGCUGUUGGAAAUGUUAUGCAGAUGUUUCUGUAACCGUAUAUAUAAAAACCAAAUAAAAAGCCUUUAUUUUUA